AUGUCCUGCCAGCAGAACCAGCAGCAGUGUCAGCCCCCUGUCAAGUGCCCUUCCAAGUGUACUCUGAAAUGCCCCCCAAAGUGUCCAUCCCAGUGCACAGCACUAUGCCCAGUUUCUUCCUGCUGCAGCUCCAGCUCUGGGGGCUGCUGCAGCUCGGGAGGUGGUAGCUGCUGCCUGAGCCACUACAGGUGCCACAGGUCCCACUGCCACAGAUCCCAGAGCUCCAAUUGCUGUGAAUGUGAGCCUUCAUGGGGCUCCAGCUGCUGCCACAGCUCUGGGAGCUGCUGGGUCCAAGAACAGGUGAGAGCUGAGAAUACAUUUUUAGAACACCCGCAGCCCUCAAGAUCCAUCCAGAAUAUCUGCUACCUUUCCAAGCUUAAUCCGCUGGCCAUCAGAGGGCCUGUGACUCAGGAAAAUGUUGGGGAAAUGGCUCAAGUACCAACGGAAAUAAAGACAACUUUCCCUAGUGUCAAACUGAGAAGAGUCUAUGUAGAGAAAAUUCCAGACCCAGAUUGGACUGAGAUUCUGAUAACAGAGUGA